GUAAGGAAACACGGGAAAUUUAUGAACCAUGUCUACGGAACUUGGCUUGACACCAGAACAAGUGAUUUCAGUAAUCACGAGCACUCGAGUUAUCGCAUGUUGCGAUGUAGCGGCAUUGGUGGUGCUGCUUUAUGACAUCGUUCUGACGUUUCCACAGGAGGUGGCUAGCAUAUGGAGAAGGAAGCUCACCGGCGUGACUGUUCUAUUCGCCAUUAAUCGUUAUGCUGUACUUGCGAAUUUGUUUCUCCAAACAUUGACCGGGUUCUGGAUGCCACGUACAAUAAUCGGGUAUGUCACUGUUUCCAUCCUGCCUGACCGAUGGCACCUCCUUGGCCUAGCGGCCUUUGCAACCCUCCGUGUGUGGGCGAUAUGUGGCCGUAGAUGGUUCCCUACUAUCAGCGUGUUCCUCUUUAGUAUGUUCGUACCAUGCGUAAACAUCUAUGGCUUUAGCAUCCCUGCGGACAUGAUGCUUAUUGAGUCGGGUCCACUGACUGGCUGUUUCAUCGAUGUAUUGAAUCCUCCUUAUCGAUAUACCAGUGCCGAAAUCCUGCGAGAGAGUCGUCGUCUGAAUAUGAAGACUGAACUGUCAUCCCUUCUUCUUCGAAAUGGCAGUGUACAAUUUUCGGUCUUGCUCACCUUGAAUCUCAUGACGGUGAUCUUCGACAUCCUUUCCAUCGCUACGACCAGUAAUACGGAUGAAGCGUCCGCCUUUGUGUAUAUCAGCGAGGCUUUAUCGUCUAUCCUCAUCAGUCGAUUCUUGUUGGACUUGCGUGCAGUAUAUCUGCCCAGCACGAACAAAACCCUUUCAUUAUCUAACAUCUCAAGCGUCCACUUCGCCAGCGCUGUCGCAGGAAAUAUCGGGGCUUCCCUCGACCUGUCUUGGACAGCAGCUCCAGAAGAUGCAUUGACCGAAGGUGAAGGCGAAAAGGCUCAGUUUUCAUCUACCCCUUUAGCAAUUGGACUGUUGCCGUCGGAACCUUCUGUGAGUUGGUCGGGUCAUGAAGGUGAUGGGAAUGGCGGCGGGCAUUGCUCUAUGAUCGUAAACUCGCCUGUAGGAUCCCCUAUCGGUAAUGACAGGCCCGACACUCAGCCAGUGGCUGACCUUUCGAUGCAUUAUGGCGAAUCCAUUGAGCUUAAACCAAGGGCUUGAAUCAUUAAUUCAUGUCCUGUUCUGACUUGUUAAAUGUGUAUUUCGUAUCGAACAUCAGAUUGGUUGCGAAUUUCGUACUUAUCAUUAUAUC